CUGGCAACCUGCUUUCCCUGGCAGAACGCUUUUCCCCAGGCAGCAACGAGCUAACACAACUAGCAGGCAGUCAGUAGUGAUAGUGACUGCUACUUGCACUUCUUUUUUCAGGCACAUCGGAGAGAGAUUUUUUUCUCUCCGCUCACCUGCAUUUAAUCACGGCGUCUUUGGUGAAAUCAACGACUUGGACUUGUCCGUUUGGAUUAUCAACUCUUUUGGAUAGCAGGAUUAUUUUCCCAUUGAGCGCAGCGGAUGGUUUUGCUUUAAACCGAAGGAGCAGGAGAUCCGGGGCCUGCAGUGACAGAAGGGUGCAGUCCCCGACGUUGCUUGGUUGUGACCCAGAAGACGGCACCGACGGCUAGACUAGCUGUCACAGAGCCGUGCGGCUAGCAGGUUAAGGCUGCAACACAUCUGCUCAGCAUCCCAGCGUUUCAAUAAGGAUUUAUAUUCGGGACAACCGGUGCGAGGGACAAAUAUGUCGAUUUUGGUUCUUUCGGGUAAGAUAUAAAGGACGCCCCCGUGAAAAGGGAUUUUCUUUGCAGCUAGCCAAGUAAUACCAGGCUGUAAGCUAGCUGUCACCAUUAGCCAUCGUUUAGUCGGUCCUACCGUCCGCACACAACGACGGGACGGCCAAAGAGGACCGCUGGCCCCGCAAAAGCAGACGAAAUUAUUUAACGUUUUUUUAAGGCCGUGUAAAAGACUUUAAGGCACCGACAUGACUGCCAUUAUCAAAGAGAUAGUCAGCCGGAACAAAAGGCGUUUUCAAGAAGAUGGCUUUGACUUGGACCUGACCUACAUAUACCCCAACAUCAUCGCCAUGGGGUUCCCUGCAGAGAAGCUAGAGGGCGUCUACCGCAACAACAUAGAUGACGUUGUACGGUUCCUGGACUCCAAACACAAGAAUCACUACAAGAUUUACAAUCUAUGUGUAGAGCGGCAGUAUGACACCGCAAAGUUCAACUGCAGAGUGGCCCAGUACCCGUUCGAGGACCACAACCCCCCCCAGCUGGAGCUCAUAAAGCCCUUCUGUGAGGACCUGGACCAGUGGCUGAGCGAGGAUGACAACCACGUGGCUGCCAUCCACUGCAAGGCGGGCAAGGGCCGGACCGGAGUCAUGAUCUGUGCCUACCUGCUGCACCGGGGCAAGUUCCUCAAGGCCCAGGAGGCCCUGGACUUCUACGGAGAGGUCCGCACCCGGGACAAAAAGGGAGUUACCAUCCCGAGCCAGAGGAGAUAUGUGUACUACUACAGCCACCUCCUGCGGAACAACCUGGACUACAAGCCGGUGGCCCUGUUGUUCCACAAGAUGGUCUUUGAAACGGUCCCCAUGUUCACCGGAGGAACAUGCAGAGACUCUGCCGUAAAAAACAAGAGCGAUGCGGUGAUUCCUCAUGGCUUCAGGAGAGGGAAUUGGCACUGGGAUCCCCAGUUUGUGGUGUACCAGGUGAAGGUAAAGAUCCACACGUCCAACCCAACCCACACACGGAGAGAAGAACGUCUCAUGUUCUUCGAGUUCCCCCAGCCACUUCCUGUCUGCGGGGACAUCAAAGUAGAGUUCUUCCACAAGCAGAACAAAAUGAUGAAGAAGGACAAGAUGUUCCACUUCUGGGUCAACACCUUCUUCAUCCCCGGGCCCGAGGAGCAUGUGGAGAGGCUGGAAAACGGCAGCGCCGGGACACAGCGGGAGCGAGUGGACGGAGUCCUCGAGAACCAGGGGACGGGCGGGGGCGGCGUUCCAGACAGCGACCGGGACUUCUUGGUGCUGUCACUGACAAAGAAUGACCUUGACAAGGCCAAUAAAGACAAGGCCAACAGAUAUUUCUCCCCAAAUUUUAAGGUGAAGCUGUACUUCUCCAAGACGGUGGAGGAGGGGGCCAACUCCGACGCCACCUCCAACUCGGUGACCCCCGACGUCAGCGACAACGAGCCUGACCACUACAGAUACUCGGACACCACGGACUCGGACCCCGAGAACGAGACUUUCGAGGACGAACUGACGCAGAUCACUAAAGUCUGACUUGCAUAUAUAAAUAUAUAUAAAUAAAUAUAUAUACAUACGUACAUGUACACCCCCAGAGCCCCCCCCUCCGACUCCCCCCCCCCCCCCUACCCACCCUCCCACCACCCACUUCCCCCAAAGAAAAAAGGCUAGCCGACGGUUAGCUCAAUGGGGGUGGGGAACCAACUGAUGCGGUGGACCAGGGACUGAUGGCGCUGGGAGAUCAGUUGAAAUCCCCUACACCCCACCUCAACCCUCACCCUCUAACUGCUCACCGUAAGACAAGACAGCUGGACAAUCAGAUUUAGAGGAGGGGUUCGGUGGGCAGGAGGGGAUGGGGAGGGGAAGGGGGGUGGCUGGAAGCGAUUGGAUGGACAUAAGAAUGAAUGGAUAGAGGACAUUUUAAUAUAAAGGAGAAAACUUGAAUAUAAAAAGAAAAACUGUACAUGCACACAUUUGCCUCCGAUAUCCGUCGCAAAGGAAGUCAGCGCUAUGACUGCAUUGAUUCUAAUUUUAUUUCUUCUUUUCGCUGACGAAGUCAAAACGCUCUAUUUGCCCUUUCAGCGAUGCAACCCACUAAUCAGGGCCCAACCGGUAACCAAACGGUGAACCACUUCAAAAUAAGAGCUCUAUUGGAGACGAGGCUACGGCUUAUUGGUGAACGGCUGACUGACAGCGACGGCUGCUUGGACUGAAAUGUGUGCGUGCCGGUUAAGGGACAAAAAACUACACCCACACAUGAUGUCGGGUCAAUAGCUCCACAAUCACGCUUUUUCUUUUCUUCUUCCCUUUCUUCCUUACCUGCUAGGUUUUAGAAGAAUAUGCUGACCACGUUUUGCUUUAUUUUAUGUAGGAAUUUUUUAACCAUUUCUUUCACUCCCUUUUAUUUGUCCAUCUGUCCGCAGUGUUUUCAGCUGUAUAGAAGGAUGGUCUCUCUCUCUCUCUCUCUCUCUCUCUCUCUCUCUCUCUCUCAAAAAAAACAAGGUUUCUUUGACGUUCGCCCCCCCCCUCCUCCCAAGUAAACUCAGUUAAGCUGCCCCUCCAACAACAAUCAGUCCCAGAGUUGACAAAUUGACCACGGCAUUGCCAAACAUGGUUUUAAAUUCAUUUUACUCUGCAUUUGGUGCUCCAAGGAUCUAAUGACUUGGUAAACAUUGUCAGGGUGUGUUUAUACGGUCCGCAAUCGGUUACGCCAACAGUCGAAUUGGAUGAAAAAAUAUAGCUACCCCAAACUCAAAAGAAGAAAGUUCUCCACCAUUCUUGCUCCUACUACCAAUCUCUACAGCCGCAGAGGUAGUGACAAAUGCAAACGAGAGAAACUCAACCAGACCCGGUUGACCAUAGCAGGGAGCGGACACCUUGAAUCAAUCGUUUGAAUGAGACAAUGAAGAAGAAGAGACUAGUAUUCACAAUCUGCUGCACCUCUGUCAAUAGUUUUUAAAUGUGCAACCUGCAUAUACACAAACGCAUACAGACUUCCUACAUCCAUCAUCACAUGGCUGUGAACUAAAGUUCUCUGUGCUUCUUAGUGUCUGUGUAUGGUCGGACUGCAAGGUGUGUUGUGUGCCCUAUCUUUGAAGCCAAUUCCAAAAGAUGGUUAGUACGUAUUUGAAAGAUCAUGACUGAAAAAAAAAUCAAAAUGAACACUUUGACUGCAGUCCGAAUUCUUGACCUGUUUGAGUCCCCGUCUCUCUCGGUCUUUUGUUCUUAUUCACUUUACUCGAUCCUCCUCUAAGCCUUUUUACUCUUAAGUGUCCGUUCAGUGAAAACUUACAUGGGGAAAAAAAAAAAUACUAUUUUUGUUAUUUUUCAGUUUGAAUCAUUUGUGUGUGACACACGCAUACAUGUACACACACGUACACACACAUACACUCUGUUUAUCCAUUCUCUCAACUGUUUUUAAGCUAUUGAAGUGUAUCCGUCGCAGCUAAAUGCCCCCCUAGGAAUGUGAAACACUUCUGGGGAACUGGUGCAGUGGUCUCUCACUUUCUAGAUCUCAUUGAUUUCCAUUGGUUCUGUACAUUUGAUGGUAAGAUCCAACAAUUCUUGGGCGGGCUAUGUGGUGUUUAUUUGGUCCUUGGAGAAAUGCUCUGGUGUAUUUUUACCCUGUAGUUCUAGCGUUAUCGGUCAAUUGUCACUAUAAUGGACUUUAUUGGAUUAUGACAUUAAUUUGGGGAAUCUCAACUAAAAGCAAUGAUUGCUAUUGUGAUCUAUUUAUUAAAAACACAUGUAGCCUUUAAACAUGAUUACAUUUGCUGGAGCUCAAACAUUUGGAAAUUGGUUCAUAGGACAAGAUGGAGCAUUAAGACCAUUAUCCCGUACAUUACAUUGUUAUUCUGGCCCCUAUGGACACGAGGGGGGGCCUCGUUUAGUAACGUUUCUGUUUCUAUGGCGAUGGAAAUAUGCGAUCUGGAACACAAAGACCGAAACCAGGCUGUGUCCACCUUCUCUCCGGCGUAGGGGAUCAAAAGGGAAUCGGGGUGUGGGCAGGUUUGAUCCGUUCUAUCUGGUGCUAAGACUAUCGUAGGCAAGUGUUUAUCAUAACCCUAGCGCGGUCUUUGGACCACCGAGAAAAAAAUAAGCUAACCCUGGUGAGCUGUCACCCCGAAACAAAACCUGCUUUAAGGCUUUUGAUUUUUGACAUCAUGCUGUAUUCUUGGGCGUAUAUCCAACGUGUGUUUUGGUGCUUCUUUGGAUUAUGGAACAAUUAUUUUAGGGUGACGCACCCUAACUAGAGCUGUACCUGAAGAGCAGUACAAUGUUUAAUGAAGCCCAUUUUGUAGAAGUUGUCGCUGCCUGUGUCAUUUGGAAGCCUAAAUCGUGCAUUGAUUGAUUUUUAGCCAGCUAUGUUAUAAUAACUAAUAACUAUGUUGCUUUUGGACCUGGGACAUUUUUGCUAGCAUGGAACCUUCUUGAAGAGUGUCAGUUUGAAGCAGGUCUUGCACCAGACGGGACACGGAGCGCAGCGCCACGUAGUGGGAUGGAUAUGAAGGACGUAGUGUGUGUCCAGUGUGCGACUGCCUUGGUGCUGGAGGCUGGAUGGGCCUGUAGGGGGCCCUCAACGCGGCCAUUUUUCGUCCCUGCUUCCCAGGAAACACUUCUGAGGAACGGUCAAAAAGCAACAGGAUUUAUUAAUGCAGGUUUUAUUGGAUGUUUCCGUUUUUGAUUUGCGCAUGGUCGUGUUCAUUAGCUAAGAACGCAGGUGCAGCUCAGUUGUGGAAAAGGAAUUUCUUUUUAAUAGAAUUCCUUUGUAUACAAACCAUUCCACACACUUCCUCGCCAUUGAAUGCAAUAAUAGAUACAGCCGUCUGUUGAUCUAGUGACACCAUAGGAUCCCCUGAUCAGAUCAACAACAACAACACCUGAAUGUUACGGUCUUUAACAGACACAAAAUGGCAGAGGUCAGCCAUGGUAAGCAUGUCCCACCAACCCAGUAAAGAUCGUACCUCAAUCAGUCCACUCCCAAUCGCGUGGCAGUUCAUCAUAGACCCCACUUGAAAGCCUCCAACAACGCCUGUGGUUGUGCCUUUCUAAUGAACCCUUUGUCAUCUUAGCUGUGGUGCUAACAUAUAGCUAGACGGGCUAGUUCCUUUGGCCUGUGAGUCUAGUCAGUCUCUGGUGCUCUGUUUAAACUGCCAAAACAUCCCAGUGGAAAUGGAGCUCCAGUGUCAAGCGCUCUUCGUACUAGUGCCGAGCCAGCAGCUAAAUCCCAAGUGACCGUAAAGCCGGGCUAAACAGUUGCAGCUGUCAAGGUCAUCGUUCCCAGUCCAGCAUACUUCCCAAAAAAGGACGAGACAGGGUUUUUCCUUUUCUUUUCUCGUAAUCUUCAGUCGAUUUAAGUAGGUUGUUCAACAACAACUGAAACGUCGGUUGUCAAUGCUGGCUGACUGGUUGAGAGACAUGAAGCGGUACAGAAAACACAUCCUCCUGCGCUGCUUCAGGUGCUACGUGUGGCAGUCGAUAAGUCUCCAAACCAACGUUUAAUUUCCAGUGAGACCUCCCAUCUUGGUCCACUGCUUGGUCGCCGCUUCAGAGCAAUCUGUGGGCUCUUGAAUCGACCGGUCGAUGGGCCCAUCGCUCGUCCAUCGAAGAACGUCCAUCGACUGUUUCAACCAACGUGCUGAUUGAUUUAAAUCUUGCGGUCCCCUACACUACACUUCAUCGAGUCCACUCGCAGCUUCUCCUCGGUCUCGAGUGAGCGAGUUGACGUCCACUUUGUCCAGUGAACACCAAUGUUCCCCCAUUAGUGCUGCUGAUCCGUUGGAUUGACACGUCCUUACGGGCCUCUUCUGUCCCUGAUCUCCAUCAAGGAAACAGUGAGCCAUCAGGGCUCACAGACGGCAAUGCCAACCCCCCAGAUGGGUCACCACAGUGGAUAGAUCAUACUGGAUCGUAUAGCCACACUACGGGUCUGGACAGGGAAAAGCCCUGCAUGUCCUCGGAUGACAUUAUCAAGGCAUGAUGGCACAACAGCUUGGUUGCUUAACAACAACAUUGUUGACCCGUUGUUUUUUUUCUUCUCAAUGGCUUAGUAGUUCAUUAAUGGAUCGUGGGAUGUUAAGGUAUACCAGGUGCUUUCCAUGUCUCUUGACCGUCAUGGUGCUCUCUCUCCGUCUUCUCUUAUGGCAUCGUCUUUCUCCUACCCGCCCCCACCAUCACGACUUCUUCUUUGCUUGAUGAGAGAACAUAGCUACACUUUGAUCAUGUACCAUGCACAUGUCGACUCAAUAUAUCGUCUAUAUAUGACAUUAGUAUCAUCGGAGCCCCCCCCAGUGGGACUUUAUUCAAUGGAAGGACAGCGAGUGUAUUUUCCACUGUAAAAAAAAAAAGGCUAAAUAUUUAAUGCCUUCAGUUGCCAUACCUAACCUACUAGAGCUUUUAUUUUGAAAAAUGCUUUUCUGGUUUUAUUUUGUUACUAGCCAAAAGGAAGUUUAGGUUUUCUUGCAUCGUUGAGUGAAAACUAAUUUUCCACACAGCCUGAUUUGGUUGUGCCAGAAGAGAGGUACACAAUUGGACCGAAAUCAUUAUAGGGUCCUCUUCAGGAUACAUUGGGUUAAGUGUAUAUCUUGACUAUUUUCUUGUCUUUAUAGCUAUAUAUAUAUAUCUCUGAAAAAGUCAGGAAAUCUCAAACGCUGUUGUCCGACCUGUAGAUUCAGAAAAUGUCAAGUGAGUUAUAUAAGGACCGUGAUUACAAGAUUGUGGCUUUUUCCAUAAAAAAAAUAUCUAAACUUUUACUUCAUGGUGAAUGGAACGUGGUUUUCUAUUCCAAAGAUGCAUGCGGACACGCGCGUGUAGCUUUUGGUGCAUUCGUCUCUUGCUUCGAAAGUCAUGUUCCCAGGGCCUAUAUGACGGUGUUGUUCAAUGUUGCACACAAGCCAAUCCAGAAGAUUUGAAAUCCACCUACUCUCUUCUGCUAUUUCAGUUUACACUUUAUCACUGAACCUGCCAAAAUUAAGCUCAUUAAUUUUUUUUCUUUUUUUUUUUUUCUUUUUUUUAUGUCGUUUGGAGGUGACCAGCAUAUGUGGCCUAUAGGAUUUUCUUCUUUUGCCUUAUUUGUACCAAUAAUUUCUUUCUUUUUUUCUGUUAAAUCGUUGAAAGAGCAAAACUUUUUAUCCCAGAUCCGUAUACAAUAACGCCUGUUCUGUCCGCCGGAGAGGUUGAGCGACUUGCCCGUUUUCCUAGAGCUGUCUGGGGUUGCCAUCAGGCCGUCCCUGGCUUCACCGUCCUAGAAAUUGAUCAAACCUCUGGGUGUGACGAAGUGGUGGUGUUUGUAUAGGGGCUUCUGGUUCUGUCCAUAUAAAGCCCUGUUCAGCUCCAACACUGGCUCUAUAUAGCUUCAUAUAAUCGUCACGCAAUCUGCAGAAACUGUUAUGACCAGAGCAACAUUUAUUGUACUCUACUUUUGCACUGUUACAGGUAAUUGCAGGGUUUUAAGUCAACGGUCCAUCAGUGUGAUUUUUAUUUUUUUUAUUUUAUGGUUUUCAUUUUUUUUUGAUGAAGUCAUUUAUUACCCGAUUAAAGUUUUUGUUUUAUUUUUUUAUCUUCGUUUGGUAAACAGAAAGCCAGGCCUCGAUGAUACAGCGAGGUGCGGCGAAAUCUGAUUUAUCGUAAAGGUCCCAAAAUCGCUAUGGAAACCAACGUAGUAUUAUUUUUGACUGAAAAAUGUCAUAAUACCCUCCAGCCCCUCCCCUCGAUUUUUUUUCUUUUAAUUUUCCCUCCUCCUUGUUUUAUAAUGAAAAGAAACGCUGUAAAGGUGAAUAAACUAUUUAUAACAGUA